GCUCCUCUGAGAAGUUUCCCUGGUCUCCGCUGACCCUCCUUUCGCUCGGCUCUUCUGACUGCACAUCUACUGAAGCGAUGAACAGUGGGAUCUCAGUGUGCGUGCUCCUGGCCGCCCUCUCCAGCAGCUGCCUGGGUCGCCCGCACACCGCGCCCUUCCAGGAGGAAGGCAGGCCCGCCCCGCCCCAGCUGGACGGCAGCCUGUCCCAACACCCCCGCCACGCCCGCUCCGCGGCCCUCACCGGCCAGGCCAAGGCCUUCCACCACCCCGACGAAGACCUGACCCAGGGGGUGAACCUCAGUGAGCUGCUCGCCCGGUUGAUGUCCAGGAAAGGGUCCUUUCGCAGGAACUCCACGAUGAACAGCCGGUCCAGUGGCCUCAGUGCCAACCACAGAAUAAAAGACAGAGACUACGUGGGCUGGAUGGAUUUUGGUCGCCGUAGUGCCGAAGAAUACGAAUAUUCUUCAUAAGAUCAGCUCUCCCCACAGAGGGAUAGAAACUAACAUCAAUUAUUUGUCUUUGGAAGAAAAAAAAAAAAUCAGUGUCUCAAAAAUUAUAUUUAUUAUGUAUUUGAUGUACAUUUGUUUGUAAAACUAUAUGAUGCAAUAUAUAAAUAUAUAUAUACCUGCCAAAUUUUGCAGAAACAGCGAGAAACAAGGUUCAUUUUGUCUGAUUUUGAUUCAUAUUGUGGAUACAAUAUUAUUAAAAUCAUUUAGUUAUGAAUACUCCCA